CACCACAACAGCUGCCAGGGAAUGUCAUUGCUCGUGAGAGCGCAGCAUUCGUGCUCCUUCAACCACGCUUCACGACAUGUUAACCCGGGUCCGCGGGACAGAGACGGGCCACAAUGGCCGCACAAUCCACUUUACGAGAACCUCAUGAUCCUCUGUUAGCCCUCUACACCCACUAUGCCAACCGGUUGCGGUCCCGAGUUUCGAAUGCUUCCCAGCUCACGAAGUUGGUCUCUACGAUCACUCUCGCUCUCACAAUAAUCGGCACAGGUUAUGGAGGCCAGAGAUGGUACAAGAAGCGGCGCGCUGAGAAAGAGACGGGUAGACGGCUGUUGAGGAGGAAUUCCGGCCUGAGGGGAAAGGAUGGCUCGAGGACGAUUUAUGUACCCUAUCGAGACUCCACGUCCAAGGUCGUCAUACACCCUACGAAACAGACCACGUUCGAUGCGCAUAGACGACUCUUCCUCCAGCCUCCGCGUGCGGCGCGCAUGACAGACGCUACCAACCCUCAAGCUCCUCCCCCACAGACAAAGGCGGGCCUCAAUCUAGCAUUUCUCCACCAAUUUCUCAGCUUGCUGAGUAUCAUGAUACCGAGAUGGAGCAGCAAAGAGGCGGGUCUUCUUCUGAGCCAUAGCGCAUUCUUGAUGCUGCGGACGUACCUCUCCCUCGUCAUUGCGCGAUUGGACGGAGAGAUUGUACGAGACUUGGUGGCCGGCAAUGGCAAGGCGUUCCUUUGGGGAAUUCUCAAGUGGCUUGGAGUCGGCAGUUUAGGGUCAUACACCAACGCCAUGAUCAAGUUCCUGCAGUCGAAGGUUUCAAUAGCGUUCCGAACCAGGCUCACGCGAUAUAUCCACGACCUGUAUCUCAACGACCAUCUCAACUACUACAAGUUGACGAAUCUGGAUGGUGGAGUUGGACAGGGCGCGGAUCAGUACAUUACGCAGGAUUUGACCCAGUUCUGUGCGGCUGCGGCGUCACUGUACUCCUCACUAGGGAAACCUCUGGUGGACUUGUGCGUCUUCAACUACCAGCUCGCUCGGUCAUUGGGUCCGCUUGCGCUUACUGGUUUGCUGGGCAACUACUUCCUCACAGCGACGGUCCUCCGCAAGCUGUCACCUCCUUUUGGAAAACUGAAAGCCGUCGAAGGGCGUAAGGAGGGAGACUUCCGGUUCCUCCACUCGCGCCUCAUCGCCAAUGCGGAAGAAGUCGCCUUCUAUGGAGGCGAGCAAAUGGAAAAGCACUUCUUGGAAAGAAGCUUCAAAGACCUCAAACACUGGAUGGAGGGCAUCUACAGCCUCAAGAUCCGGUACAACAUGCUGGAAGACUUUGUCCUCAAGUACUCGUGGUCGGCCUUCGGCUACCUCAUCACCUCUCUUCCCGUCUUCUUACCCACCUGGGGUGGCCUGGGCGGACUCCCCGAACUCUCCGCCACCAGCGCCGAACGCACCACGCGUGAACGCAGCCGAAUGAAGGACUUCAUCACCAACAAGCGGCUCAUGCUCUCCCUCGCCGACGCCGGAGGCCGCAUGAUGUACUCCAUCAAAGACCUCUCCGAACUCGCAGGCUACACCUCGCGCGUAUACACCCUCAUCAGCGCCCUCCACCGCGUCCACGCAGACGCAUACCACCCACCGCCCGGCACCCGACCCGAGCUCUACUCCAUGUGCGACAUCCAGGGCACGGUACACAAAGGCUUCGACGGCGUGCGACUCGAACACGUGCCCAUCGUCGCACCCGCCCUGUAUCCCAUGGGCGGCGACGAGCUCCUCGAAUCCCUCUCCUUCAUCGUGCACUCGGGCGAACACCUCCUCAUCACGGGCCCCAACGGCGUCGGCAAGAGCGCCGUCGCGCGCAUCGUCGCGGGCCUCUGGCCCACCUACCGCGGCCUCGUCAGCCGCCCUCGCUCCAUAGGCACAGACGGCAUCAUGUUCCUCCCGCAGCGCCCCUACCUCAGCACGGGCACGCUGCGCGACCAAGUCAUCUACCCGCACACCGAGGUCGACAUGAAGGAAGCGGGUCGGCGGGACUUUGAGCUCAGCCAGAUCCUCGAGGAGGCGCGGCUGGGCUACCUGCCCGAUCGCGAGGGGGGGUGGGACACGAAGAAGGUGUGGAAGGACGUGUUUAGCGGGGGCGAGAAGCAGCGCAUGGGCGUCGCAAGGUUGCUGUAUCAUGAGCCGAGGUAUGCGUUUGUCGAUGAGGGGACGAGCGCGGUGAGUAGUGAUGUUGAGGGGUUGUUGUAUGAGAGGGCGAAGGCGAAGGGGAUCACACUCAUCACCAUCUCCACGCGCGCGUCGCUGAAGCGAUACCACACCUUCACACUCACGCUGGGCCAGGGCGAGAACGGCGACGAGUGGGAGUUUCAGCGCAUCGGGACCGAGUCGGAGAAGUCGUCCGUCGAGAAGGAGUUGCAUGAUUUGCGCGAGCAGUUGAGGCAUGUGGAGGAGUGGAGGCGGAGGAAGGAAGAGAUUGAGGGGGAGCUGGGGAGGGUGUGGGUCGAGGGUGGUGAGGAGUUGGAGAGGCCGGGGUAUUUGGGAGAAGAGGAGGAGGAGGAGGGCGAGAAACGGGAAGAGGAGGAGGAGGGAAGAGAAGAGGAGGGGAGCGAGGAUGUGCCCAUUGCUCAGCGAUUCCCCCAUCCCUCCCACAGCGCACGUAUCUGCAAGGCACCACCACUUGCACCCAGGGAUCCAUGGAUCCGAUAA